CAAUAACAAAAGUAGAGAGACUGAUUCUAACAUAAUAAAAUUUAAUUUGCUUCAAAACAGGAAAUAAAUUGCAAUGUAAACCGCCUAGAUGGCAUAGUAAAGUAAUAUUCCGUAUAUUCGCUGUAACUAACUUGUUUUAAACAAUGGAAAAUAUCUGCAGAAUUUGUCUUGAGAAACCCGGCGUAAUAUCCCUUUUUGCAAAUGAACCAAAUGAAAUACGUUAUUGUGAUAAAGUAACUCGAUUAGUCAAUAUAUUGAUAUCAGAAGAAGAUGGUCUGCCUACGAAAUUAUGUGAGCAGUGUACAAUCGAUCUAAACUCGUCCCAUCAAUUUGUUCUAAAAUGUGAGGCUUCAGACAAAGCAUUACGCUGCGUUAGCCCUAUUGACUUGUUCACUACAAUAGAAUUAAAAAUAGUAAAAGAAGAGGUAAACCUUUGUGAUACAAAAUUAGAUGAUAUUUUGGACGAGGGACAUAGCACAGAAAACGAUUUUGACUUAAAACCUUUGCUAGAAACUUCGACUACUUGUAGUAACACAGAAAACAAUGUUACAGAACUGUCGACAACUGAACAGAAAGCGAAAAGAAAAACUCGUAAGAAACAGAGCAACAGUGGCCCAGCGCAAUGUGUUGUCUGUGGUCUUAUGACAAAGAGUCAGUCUGCUCUAGAAAUACAUAUGCGGGUACACACAAAAGAGAAACCUUUCGCCUGUGAUAACUGUGACGCAAAAUUCCCGUCCAAGGGGAAUCUCAAACGCCACAUUGAUGUUUAUCAUUCUGUGAGGGAACGUAAAUUCACUUGUGAAAAGUGUGGCAAUAGUUUCUUUAGUAAAAACGAUAUAAUAACACACAUACGAGUUCAUACAAAUGAGACGCCGUUCGCUUGCAUGUACUGCCCGAAACGGUUCAAGCAAUUGACUUCAAGGAACCGCCACCAAACCACUCACACAGGUUUGAAGCCCUAUGCUUGUCCAAUUUGCAACAAGAAGUUUGCUCAUCGCAACCUUGUUGUCAAGCACCAGAGUGUGCACAGUGACGAAAGGAAAUUCACUUGUCACCUGUGCAAUAAAUCGUUGAAAACGAAAUCUAGUUUGCGCGUUCAUAUGAGCCUGCAUAAAAAUGAGAAACGAAAUGUUUGCAGCUUUUGCGGCAUGACAUUUUCAAUGAAAGGCAAUCUGCAGACUCAUAUAAGAAGAGUUCAUUCCGAGAAGUCGGGUCAGUGUACUAUAUGCUUGAAAACAUUCUCGAAUUUAGAAGUACAUUUAAGGAAGCAUACUGGAGAAAGGCCUUACACCUGCCCCACUUGCAACAUGUCCUUUGCUGUGAAAGGAGCCUUGAAGUACCAUAUGUUCUUCAAACAUGAAAAUACGGAUAAAUUCAAAUGUUCUAUAGGUGAUUGCAUGAAAACAUUUCCAACAGCUCCUAGAUUAGAAUUCCAUUUAUUAAAACAACAUUCCAAACACACCCCUUAUGUUUGUCAGCAUUGUUCCAAAGGUUUCUACAGGACAAGUGAUCUAUCAAGACAUUUGAAAAACAGUCAUAUGGAUGUUAAUAUGAAAUCGUCAUUCAAAACCGUACCAUCAUUAAACACAGUAAACACAGUAUUCACAAUAGCACAGACAUAGCUGAGUUAAGACUGAUUAAUUAUUUAUUAAGUUAAAGUGAAUUUGAUGUAGAAAUAAUAUAUAU